GUGAAAAGCCUACACUCGUCGCAGGAGAUCCUGUCCUCUCUGUUUCUUUUAGCUUAAUUCUUCUUGUCUGAAAAACCUAAUAGGUUUCCUUCUAUCUCUUCUGUCAGUUCUCAUCUUCAUCAUCGUUGAAUCUAAAAUGAUCACCGGAGCACUCCGCAGAUCUUCAUUGCCAUCAAGGCAAACUCUCUCGGCCGCGCUAACAUCCUUUGAUUCAGGCCUUUCCCACCACUUCUUUUCAGCCGCCACUGUAUCCUCCGUGGAUCGUAAUCUAGUCGGAAACGGAUCUACUCUCUCCUCCAACCUCAUCUCUCGAUUCGUCUCCCCAUCGUCUCCUAACUCGUGGAUGGUUUCUCCCGCGAGGAUCACGUUUCAAGGCUACGCCACUGAGUGCGAGAGUAACCUCAGAGAUUCAAAGAGUGUUGCUAAGAAGAAGAAAGAGAGCACGUCGAAGAUCAAAGGAACGAGAAUCUGCGUUGCGAUUCGGUCAUUCGAUAACCCGGAGAAGGAAGCUUGGUGUCUUCCUCCCCACACUCGUUACGCUGCAAUGCCCGACACGAGGACCUUGUACACGGUGCUACGUUCCCCUCACGUGGACAAGAAGUCUAGAGAGCAGUUUGAGAUGAGGUUCAAGAAACGAUUUCUCGUAGUCAAAGCUCAGAGCCACGAGCUGAGCAAGAAGCUGUUUUGGUUGAAGCGUUACCGGAUUCUCGGAGCUCAGUACGAACUCCAGUUCCAUUGCAAGACCCGUUUGGACAUGGCUCCUGUGUUGGCCAACAUCAAUGGCUCCACCAUUGGUCAAUGAGACAAGUUUCUGGCCGAUCCUGCAAUAAUAUCGAAUCUUACUGAUUCAAGAAAGAAGUCAACAAUACCUUAAAAUCCUGUAGCAUAUUUUUUUUUGCUUAGAGAACAUUUUACUGACUCAAGAAAGAAGUCAACAAUACCUCAAAGAAAUGGGUUCUGAAUUGAGUUUCAGUGGGAGAUGAUUACACUUCCAGUUUAUGCAAAUUUAUUAGGCCAUUUAA